GUCUGUUGCUGCCCGUUGUGCAUCUUGGGUAACGUAGCUCUGAGGCGCGGGAUUAGCCGCGGGGCCUCUUGGGUAACGUAGUUCUGAGUCCCUGAGGGCCCUUGGGGGAGACGAGCUCGUGCACAACAUGCUGAGCCGAAACAAGAGUCUGCUGAGGGGCCACGUCCCGUGACUAAGGCGCGGCCCGUGCUUGCCGGAGGAAAAAAGCCGAGGGAGCCGCCGAGUGAAGUGGGCCCUCUCUCCUCCCCUUCCUCACCGCCGCUGUGUGGAAAAUGGCGGCCGAGGGAGCGCUGUUGCCCCCGCCGCCCGCCAAGGAGGGAGAACCUGAGGCGCUCAGUAAGGAAGGGGGCGGUUCAGUAACUGUCAGAUGGGCGAGGGGUUGUUGUGGUUGUGGUUGCCUUGAAGUUGGGCCUGCGGGGGGCGGGUUGUACGUGUGGUGGGUUCUCCCUCCUUCGGUCCGUUUUGAGGGAAGCUUCUCAUCUCAGAGGGGCGCGUUCAGACGUUACGUGUUCAGGCCGGCGUUUCACCCUCACGCCUGAGGUGACGCCUGGUGUUAGGAACUCCCAAGAUUCAUCAGCUGCUCGUCAAAUGCUCCUUCAGCAUAUCCACACACAAAAGUGGAAGACAUUUAAAAGAGAGAGAAAAUCUCUGCUUUACAGGAGACCUUCCGUGCAUGACAGAGGAGGGGGCAAAACCGGUCACCUUCCUGGUUCUUGGGGGUUGGGGAGACACUUUUUAUAAAAAUAAAUAAAUAGUCCUUUCAUAGCAAAAGCAUGGAAGUUCCCUUUCCUUAAUCACACACACACAACUUUAGCCAUUCACGUCCCCGAUCCAUGCACAUUUUUACAUGGGAGGAAGCCCAAUUGAACCUGGUUGGGAUUUACUUCUGAGCAGAAGGCAUCCUCCAGGGUUGAAAACAAUCUUCUUCUUUUCCAAAUGGUGCCCAGAUUGCUGCUUUUGUUUCUUCUAGAUUGCAUUUUGUUGUACCAUUUAAAGGGAUUAUUUUUUACAGAACUUCCUUUAUGACUUCAUUAGUCUAAACUGAAUAGGUUUUGCAGCCAAUUUCACACUGCGGUUACAGUGGCAAAUAGAACCCUGCUUAAUGGUAACUUUGCUACUAGUCAGUGCUAAUGUAAUAGUGGGGAAAAUUUGCAUCCAGGUAGGGAAAAGCUGGGGUAGGAGGUAGAAGUACAUUUUCCUGUUCCUGCUUUCUGAAGCUUGGUUAGAAGCAUAAAGUGUAAUGGCAGCACAAAUCUGUUAUUUCCGAUAGGCCUGGCUUAGAAAAUCCUACUUUCUUUUGUCAAAGAUUUGUUUUUUUUCAUUGUAUAUAGCUGUAAUAAUGCCUUUGAAACAGCUACUGAUGCAGCUAAUUAAAAUGCAUUGUAACUAUAGUUUUUUGCCUUUCUCUAGAUAGCAUUGAAAUGGAAAGCCUCAGGGCAGAUGUGGAAAUAUCUGAGGAAGAAGUAAAAGGCAAAAAUGAAGAAACAGAGCAAGAGUCUAUAAAAGAGCCUAACAACAGUAACCUAUUGGAUGCAUCAUCUGACUCUCAAAGAGGUUUGCUAACAUAAUACUGGAAUCCUUGUACAGUCGUACCUUGGCUCUUAAACAGAAUGCGUUCCUGGAGUCCAAUCGACUCCCAGAACCAUUCAAAAACCAAAGCGCAUCCUGCAGCCAAUCAGAAGCAGCGCCGGAUGUUUGGCUUCUGAAAAUUCUUCGAAAACCGGAACACUCACUUCCGGGUUUCGAUCAUUUGGGAGCCGAUUUGGUGAAGGGCCAAGGCAUUUGAGAUCCAAGGUACGACUCUAGUAUGUAGGGGAUGUGUGCAUGCUCUAGAAAAUCAGUCUGCAGCUCCAUCCUUCCAAUAAUUCCCUCAAAGAUAAAUAAAUAAAAAUAAAUAGCUAUUUCUUCUUGCCUUGGAUUCUUUGGGUACAUCCUCCAGGUGGGAAUAGUCAGAGAUGUUAUACUUCUAAUCAAAAGUGCCACUUUCUCUUUUGUAAGUGUUUAUACGUCGCUUUCAAGACUUAAAGCCAAAGCAUCAAAGAGGAGUUCGGUUAUGAACACAGUGAGACUUAUUCCCAAUUAAACAUGCAUAGGAUUCUACAGUAGAAGUGAUGUGUUCAGUACCAAAGAUUCCAGAUUCCCUAAGAAAGGACAGCAUAGUUCAGUGCAAAAAGAGGCUAAUAUUUGUUUUUGGCAUUUCUGAAAUGUUUUUCUUUCUAUAAGAAAUACACUUUGGGCUUUCAAAUUUCUGUGGUACCCUAUGCAACGCCAAAAUCUGCCCCGCACUCCAACGCCUCUCACUUUUUGUUGUUUCUAAUUGUUGCAGCCCCCUCUCAGCUCAGUAUCCAGUGUGGGCAAACCAGUCACGCUCCCCUACAUCUGCCUCUGAAAGAUAUGCACAAAAUAUGUAAUAUAGACAGAAUGAGAAUUAGUACUGAAUCAUGCAGUUAAGCUAUUUUGUGAAUAAUAGGAAACCAAGUUUUUUUUUUAAAAAAAUUAAUGGAUAAGAAAAUAAACUGUAUCAAACACAGUAUUCUAAAUUGAUAAAUCAGGAAAUUGAAUGGAAGAUCAAAUUAAUGAAACAAAAAACGUUUGAGUCGGCGAAUAAAUGUGGAAAACUGCUAUCAUGGCAGUUGAAGAGAAGACAAAGAUUAAACACGGUUAUAAAUUUAGAGGUUGAUGGAAGAAACAUUCAGAAUCCGGUGGACAUUAGAAAGUGUUUCCAGAGAUAUUUUAAAAAAUUAUAUACCCAAGGGCCGCAAGACGAAGUUGAGAUUAAACAAUUUUUGGCAAAAAAAUGGAUUAUCUAAACUGUCACAAGAAAAUAGGACAAUCCUGAACUCUAAAAUAACACGACAGGAGAUUGAACAAGCUAUUCAGAACAUGCAACUUGGCAAAUCUCCAGGGCCAGACAGGCUGACCUCCAAGUAUUACAAGAUACUAAAAAGACUAUUUGAUACAACCUUUGAUGGAGGUUAGCAAUGAAAUUAUGGAGGCGAAGAGGGCACCGGAUUCGUGGAAGGAAGCGUUUAUCACAUUGAUACCAAAGUCAGAAACUGAAAAGACACAACUGAAGAACUACCGUCCCAUCUCCCUUUUAAAUGUGGAUUACAAAAUAUUUGCAGAUAUUUUGGCAAGUAGAUUUAAAAAGUUUUAAAUGAAGUAAUUCAUAAGGACCAGGCCGGUUUUCUCCCAGGUAGACAUUUGUUUGCUAACACAAGGAACAUUAUUGAUAUUUUGGAACUUCUCCAAACUGACAUAAAUACAAAAGCUGUUUUAAUUUUUAUAGAUGCGGAGAAGGCCUUUGAUAACAUUUCUUGGAAAUUUAUGAUGGGAAACUUAAAAGAGAUGGGAGUGGGACGGGGUUUUGAGAAUGGGAUUGAGGCGAUAUAUUCAGAACAGAAAGCAAAACUGAUAGUUAAUAAUGUGGUUACAGAAGAGUUCAAAAUUGAAAAAGGGACACGACAAGGUUGCCCUAUUUCCCCUUUGUUAUUUAUUUCGGUCCUGGAAGUGCUAUUGAACAUGAUUAGAGGGACCAGCUGGUGGAAGGAAUUCAGGUUGGUCAGAAACAAUAUAAAUUAAAAGCUUUUGCAGAUGACCUGGUUUUGACCUUGCAGAAGCCAGAGCCUAGUACGAAAAGAGUAUUACAAUUGAUUAAUGAUUUUGGUCGGGUGGCGGGAUUUAAAUUAAACAAACAGAAAACUAAGGUUUUGGGGAAAAAUCUGACUGAGACAGAGUCAGAACGGUUUCAGAAUGAGACGGAACUUAAUGUGGUUAAAAAGUAAAAUACCUAGGGGUAAACAUAACAGCAAAAAUCUAAGUCUAUUUAAGGAUAAUUAUGAAAAAUGUUGGAUAGAAAUUAAGAGAGACUUAGACAGUUGGUCAAAAUUGAAACUUUCUUUGUUAGGCCGAAUUGCUGCGAUUAAGAUGAAUGUAUUGCCAAGAAUGUUGUUUUUAUUUCAAACACUGCAGGUAUUGGACAAAAUGGAGUGCUUUCAGAAGUGGCAGAGAGACAUUUCGAAGUUUGUCUGGCAGGGCAAAAGCCCAGAAUUAAGUUUAAGAUAUUAACCGAUGCUAAACAAAGAGGGGGCUUUGCCCUGCCAGACUUAAAGUUGUACUAUGAAGCCGCAGCGUUUUGCUGGCUAAAAGACUGGCUACUUCUUGAAGACACUGAUGUGUUAGAUUUGGAGGGGUUUAACAAUGUUUUUGGAUGGCAUGCAUAUUUAUGGUAUGACAAAGUUAAAGCAAAUAAGGCCUUUAAGAACCAUAUUGUUAGAAAAUCACUGUUUAAUGUCUGGACAAAAUAUAAAGACUUGCUGGAAAAUAAAACACCAAGGUGGCUUUCACCUUUGGAAGCUAAGGCCCGAAAAGACCCAAUAUGGAGGCCAAAUGGCCAAAAUAUUGGGAAAUACUAGAAAAGAUGGAGACAAUUGGAAAUUGCAGAGCUUGGAGAAAAUGAAAGACAAAGUGCGAGAUUGGUUACACUAUGCUCAGAUUAAAGAAGUUUUUAAAAGUGAUAAGAAACUAGGGUUCCAGGUGGAGAAAUCGAAAUUAGAAACAGAAUUGUUAGAACCAAAGACUAAGAUACUUUCAAGGAUGUAUAACUUGCUGUUGGAAUGGAAUACACAGGAUGAAAUGGUUAAAUCGGCCAUGAUAAGGUGGGCACAGGAUAUUGGGUAUAAUAUUAUGUUUGAGGACUGGGAAAGGCUGUGGAGUAAUGGAUUGAAAUUUACUGCAUGUAAUGCUUUGAAAGAAAAUGUAAUGAAAAUGAUUUAUAGAUGGUAUAUGACCCCAGUCAAACUUGCAAAAAUUUACCACCUGUCUGACAACAAGUGCUGGAAAUGCAAAGAGUGUGAAGGAACGUUCUUUCACCUCUGGUGGACAUGCCCUAAAGUGAAGGCGUUCUGGGAAAUGAUUUAUAAUGAAUUGAAAAAGGUAUUUAAAUAUACUUUCACUAAGAAACCAGAGGCUUUCCUUUUGGGUAUUGUCAGCCAAGGGGUGGCAAAGAAGGACCAGACAUUUUUAUGUAUGCAACAACAGCAGCAAGGAUACUACUCGCAAAACAUUGGAAAACCCAAGAUCUACCCACACUGGAAGAAUGGCAGAUGCAACUGAUAGACUAUAUGCAACUGGCUGAAAUGACCGGCAGAAUCCGUGACCUGGGAGAAGAGAGAAUCGAGGAGGAUUGGAAGAAAUUUAAGAACUACCUACAAAAACAUUGUGAUUUGAUUGAAUGCUGAAUAAGAUGCUGGACUAAAUAACUGAGCACCACUUAACUUAGAAAUUUUUAAGGAAACAAGAAAAAUUGUGAAAGUUUAACUCUUUAUGAGAACUUUAAGAUUAUGAAAUAUCGAAGAGAUAUAAGAAUUUAAAUAAGAUGAUAAAUUGCUGACAAAAUGUUAUAAUGAUGAAGGUGGGAGCGGGAGAUGUGAGGAAGUCCAAAGAAAAUGUGAAAUUAUGUUAAGACGAAUGCUAUAUUGUUUAUUACAUUUAUUCCUAUUGUAAAACCCAAUAAAUUGCUUUAAAAAAAAAAAAAAAGAAAAUAAAAAGUAGAUUUUAUAGGAAUAGCUUUGGCACCAUCAUUCUGUUUUGUACAGGAGCAGAGAAAGUUUACAGUGAUAACUUUUAAUUCCUAUCCUUUUCCUAUUCCUAUCCUAUUCCUAUUUAACUUAUUGUGUAAAUGUUCUCAGUUUAUGUUAUUAUGCAAGUGGAGGAUAGAUAGAGUCGGUGCUUUUUUUCUUAAAAAAAUGUUUAGGGGUACUCUCACUUUGACUCAUGAAAAUCACCAUUUCAUAGUUCAAAUCAGGGGAAAUAAAUACAGUAAAUGGACAAAAGCACAAAGAUUCACAAAAUGUUUAGGGGUAUGCGUAACCCUGCGUACCCUCCAGAAAAAAGCACUGGCUAUAGUGAUGUGGGACACAAAGUUUUGAGAAAGAGCUGUUAUGGUGGCAUUUGGUUGUAAAUUACUAUGUAACAAAGGAUAUGUACUGACAAAUCCAUGUAAUUGUUUUAUUCCAGAGAAGCAUAUCUCAAUUCAAAGAACACUUGCCGAUUUAGAGAAACUGGCUGACCUGCAGGAAGGUUGUCUAAUCUCAGCUGCUUCCCAGAAUGCAGAUCACUCUGUGGCAGGUAUUUAAACUCCAGAGCUAGGCAUCGCAUGGCUCCAGAGCUAGGCAUUGCAUGGCUGAAAGAUAAUGCUCCUAGUGUUAGAUGAGAGAGAACAUAUUGGUUAAGUGCUUGCAGAUAAAUGGAUUCUUUGAAAGAGCAAGAUAGCUGAAUAUAAUUCCAUGUGUAGUGCUUGGGCGGAGGUCUCUAGAGCCACAGCAAGAGCUGUAAUUCUCCAAUGGUUUGACUUUACCUCUGAAGGCACACUCUUUCCAUUGUGUCCCAAGAGAGAUGGAUGCCAACCAACCAACAAACCUGGGGGUGGGAUUACAUCUGCAGCUCUAUCCUUGCUAUUGGCUAUCCAAGCCAAGAGAUCCACUCAAGCUAACUUCACAAAGGAAAGUGGGAGGGAAGCAAGUGACAAUGGUGCAGGAGUCCCCAACGAAUUUCAGUUCCUUUGUCGUCUUAAAUUGUUUGCAACAGUGCAGUUACUUGGCAGUGUCUUUGAAUGGUCAAUAGUGGUGUAUAUUUGCUGUCAUAUUUUCAAAUCAAUGGAUGGGUUGUUGUGUCUCUGUUUUUUGAUCUAAUUUGAAUUAGGAGCUGGCAAGAAGUCUUGUCCACUGUGCCCUGAAGAGAAGUUCAAAGCUUGUUAUAGUCACAAGCUCCAUCGCCACCUACAGAAUCUCCACUGGAAAGUGUCUGUUGAAUUUGAAGGUAAAAAUGGCUAAAAUGCCAUUGUUGAUGCCAACACAAUUCAGUGUCUAUGGGUAGCAGAUUUUAGUUCUUUGUUUAAACCUUUCCCAGCAGUUCAAGUUCUAUGAGAACGCUUACAGUCACAGGGAAACUCCUCAUAAAUUAUGCCAUAUUUAAAGUUCAAGCUUAACAGAUCAAUCUGAUUCAUGUUGCAAAAAAUACUUGUUUGCAGAAGUAGCUGUGGAUAAUUUACAAUGAGGGUGCACCAACAGAACUGGCUAUCUUUGCCUUACUUGUUUGGUGUAUAUAUCAAAUUGUGAGACUACCAAUGUCCUCUCUGUAUUCUAGGCUACAGAAUGUGCAUCUGUCACUUACCUUGCCGCCCCGUGAAACCAAAUGUUGCUGCAGACCAGGUAAUUGCUAUAUAAAUGGCUAUUAUUUUGAAAAGCAGAAAAUGUUAUCAAUUGUUCCACAUCUGAUACUGUUACUGAGGAUCCGAAUGGGUUGGGUUAUGACCCUCGUCUUAAAUAUAAUAUUUAUAGUGGAUUUCUUUUUGGUCUGGCAGCAUGCUUAUUUAUUUAUUAUUAUAUAAAAAUAAUUUUAUAAGAGGAAGCUAAAAUUUAAUACGUUACAUAAAGGCUGCAUUUGAACAUUAAGCUUUGUUGCUGAAUUGUAAACUGCAUCCUUCGUGGUAUCAACUAUAAUUGGUUUAUAUGGGUUUUUACUGUUGUUGUCUUAAGUAUUAUAAGAUAUGGUAUAAUAUUAAUAUUAAAAUGAUUUUUCUAAUCAACUUUAACUAUGCAUGCAAUGUGUGUUGUAGAUCAAAAUGGAAGCCCAUUAUCACUGCAUUAUCUGUUCGGCAACUAUUACCCGAAGGACAGAUAUGAUAGGGCAUAUUAAACGUCAUGUGAAUAAAGGAGAAACUGAAUCAAGGUUUAUGCCAGGUAAGUAUUUAAACAUCUUUGUUUUUACUGCAUGAAGAUACUGUAUUUUUAUCACUGGCUAUUAUAGAUAGAAUAAAUGAUGAAAUUAGAAUAGGUGACAGUGUAUUUGUUUGAGUUUGUAUUCCUUUCUAACUCACAAGGAAUUAAAGCUACUUUAAAGAACCCAGAUUUGUUGCUAGUACCAUUUAAAGGGAUUAUUUUUUUUACAGAACUUCCUUUAUUAAUCUAAACUGGAUAAACUGUCAUGAAUUUUUGACAUUGGUGCAUGUAUUAUUACCAAAUUGUUCCCAAAUUGCUUCUUUUGUUUCUUCUGUAUUGUAUUUUAUUGUAUUACAGUUUGUAUUCAAUAAAAUUGUACGGCACAGUAGAACAGAGCUAAAACAAAACAAACCCCUAAAUGUAAAACAAGAAUACAUAUCUUUGGCUUUAUUAGUCAUGGCAAAAAAAAUAUUAUACAUAGUUCAUAGUUCCUAGCCAAUUUCUUGUCUGCCGACAAAGCUUAUGUCCCUAGGUUAGUGGUGGGGAACCUUUUUGUCCCGGAGAGGCAGAUUCUUAUCUGACUUUACCCUGCUGGCCAACUUUGACAGGUUAGUGGAAAAACUCAUCUGAAGUCAGCUGGCUGCCAGGCUCUUGGGAAGUACAGUCAGACCUUGGAUCUCAAACGCCUUGGCUCCUGAACAAUCAAAACCCGGAAGUGAGUGUUCCGGUUUUCGAACGAUUUUCAGAAGCCAAAUGUCCAGCGCAGCUUCCGAUUGGCUGCAAGCCAAUUGGAAGCUGCACCUUGGUUUUCGAACAGUUCUGAGAGUCAAACAGACUUCUGAAACGCAUUCUGUUCGAGAACCAAGGUACCACUGUACUGCAUAAAAUGCUUUGUGAGCUCUGUGCUCAGCCCUUUUCUCUUUAAUACAACAGCACUGAGGCAGUUUCUCAGCAUAAAUUAGAUUUUCCAAGUGUUCUGAAAAUUAAUUAUUAUUGUUAAGAUGUCUUUUAUUUAAUAACUGUCAUAUUUUGUGUUAACAGUACUGUGGAUCUAAUGAUUUUGGUGGUUCCUGAACAUUACAGGCCAGGCAAACAUAUAGAGACCCAGUUCAAACAUUGUUUGAGGCUUCACAAGCCUUACGAAGCUGAGAAAAAGCGCUGAAGCCAAACAUUCCUUCCUUUGGGUUCUGGUUUAAAGCCUAGAUUCUGGCUUGUUAUUAAGUCAGAGCUCCUCUUUACAUCCAAAUGGGAAAACUUAAUGUCAAUAAACCAGCAUCUGAUUCAUAGUUUAUGAAGCCUUGAGUGAUGGUCUAAAUUAAGCUAUAGUCUCUCUAACACUCUCUUUCAUUCUGAAAAUUAUUUUUAGCCCCUGCUCCCAAAUCUACAUAUGAAAUACUAAAAGAAGCAGAUACAGAUGUGCAAGUCCUUCCUAAUUAUUCCACACCACAGAAAACUGAUUCUUAUUUUAAUCCUAAAAUGAAACUUAACAGGUAAGAAAUUUGAGGAUCAUUAUGGAGGGGAUUAAAAAAUUUUCAUUUAUAUUUUUUCAUAUUAACAGAAACUAGUACAUGGUGGAUAUUUCUGUGGCACAGGUGAAAUAUAUGGAUUAGCCAAGCCAAGUACAUGAAGCCCAUGGCUGCAGUGUGAUUCGAACCAAGACAGAAAUUGAGUGUGAUUCAUUGGACUUGCUGGAACAUAAAAGUACUGAGAAGUUUAAGUCCUACCCAAAAUAUCAGGAUUGUGCAGUUUCCAAACCUGCCAAAACAACAAGAAUGCAAAUUUCAGGGGGGUGGGGAACAGUUGGAUCUUACCUAUUGUUUGAGCUGGGUGUCCACCAGUAUGCGGAUGAUACCCAGAGCUCUACCUCUCCUUUAGAUUGGAACCAGUGAAGGCAGUGAAUGUCCUGUAUGAGUGUCUGGAGGCGGUUGGAGAAUGGAUGGCGACUAACAGAUUGAGGUUGAAUCCUGACAAGACAGAAGUACCUUUCUUGGGGGACAAGGGGCGGGUGGGCCUCCCUGGUCCUGAAUGGGGUAACUGUGCCCCUGAAGGACCAGGUGCAGAGCCUGGGAGUCAUUUUGGACUCACAGCUGUCCAUGGAGGCGCAGGUCAAUUCUGUGUCCAGAGCAGCUGUGUACCAGCUCCAUCUGGUACGCCAGCUGAGACCCUACCUGCCUGUAGACUGUCUUGCCAGAGUAGUACAUGCUCUGGAUAUCUCCUGCUUGGAUUACUGCAAUGUGCUCUACAUGGGGCUACAUUUGAAGGUGACUCGGAAACUACAACUAAUCCAGAAUUCGGCAGCUAGACUGGUGACUGGUAGUGGCCACCAAUACCAUAUAGCAGGGGUGGCCAACUCCCAAGAGACUGCAAUCUACUCUCAGAGUUAAAAACUGGCAGUGAUCUACCCCCUUUUUUUGGAAGGAAAGCCCUGUUUUUUGGGGUUCAGGUCUUAAGUAGUUGUUGAGCUUUUUUUAGGAAGGUGGAAAGCCCCAAUUUUGGGGGGUGCAGGGCAAAAGCGUUGAGCUUUUUUUAGGGCAGCCAAAGUAGUUGGGCUUCCUUGGGGGAAGACCAUGAUCUACCAGCGAUCUGCCACAACCGUCCUGUUGGACGUGCCUGCCAUAUAGCACCAGUCCUAAAGGAUCUUCACUGACUCCCAGUACAUUUUCGGCCUCAGCCCAGUAUACCUGAAGGAGCAUCACCACCUCCAUCAUUCAGCCUGGACAUUGAGGUCCACUUCCUGGGGGCUUCUGGCAGUUCCCUCACUGCGAGAAGUAAAGUUACAGGGAACCAGGCAAAGGUCCUUCUCAGCAGUGGCACCCUGCCUGUGGAACGUCCUCCCAUCAGAUGUCGGGGAGAUAAAGAAUUACACAACUUUUAGAAAACAUCUGAAGGCAGCCCUGUUCAGGGAAGUUUUUAAUGUCUGACAUUUUAUUAUUUUUUAUAUUUUGCUGGAAGCCGUCCAGAGUGGCUCGGGAAACCCAGUAAACAAUAAAAUUAUUAUUAUUACUGUUACCAUUAUUACUGUUUAAUUUGAAGAAACUGUCCGGAAACUUACGAGAGGAAGAAUAAAUUUGGAGUUUACAUCUUUGUUUAAAUUAAGAUCACUUUUUUAUUCUUUUAGGCAACUCGUAGUCUGUGCUCUAGCUGUUCUAGCAGAGGAACGGAAACCUUUGGAAUGUCUGGAUGCAUUUGGAGCCACUGGUAGGGUGCUGUUCUGUGCUUUGGUUCAUGUGUUCCUUGUAAAGGGAAAUUGCUGUAGAGUAAAUCCUACUGAAGUCACUGGGAUAUACUAUGCAAAAACAUGUUGAUUACACCCUUGCUCUGUUAGUUGCUCUGGCAUUCAGGAAAAGAAAAGAGGGGUUGUCAAUUUUAGAAAUAAAUACUUUCUUGGAAUAGAAUUAGCAAACAAUCGUUGAUUUGUUAGCCUUAGUGAAAGCAAUUAUAUACAUAUUUUUCAGUUAGGGAUAAUAAUAAUUUAAUGUGCAUUGUGUAUAUUAAGAACAUUAGCAUGUUUCUAUGCAGUAUGCUCCACACGAGCAAACUCUUACUUUAUUGCAUGCAUCUAACUGUACACAAGUAACCACCGAUCUACACAGGGGUUGUGUUCCAGGUCAUCAUGCGUGACAGCAGAGCGUGCAUAAGCCCAUUAGUGCCUGCCCCCCCCCAUUAUUCCCCCUUUUCUGGCGACUUCUGAGUCGCCAUGAUGUGCAUGUUCAUGCUCAUGAGUCAAUUGGACACAUGUAAAUCAGUCACUGCCUUUACAUCUCUUGCUUCCAGGUAUAAUGGGAUUACAGUGGGCAAAGCAUCUUGGAAACUCCGUGAAGGUCACAAUUAAUGACUACAAUGAAAAUUCUGUAAGAAUGAUACAGGAGAACUGUCACUUAAAUAAAAUGAAAGUGGUGAUGAACUUCAAAGAGGAGGAAGACUGUGAUGAAACAAUAGAAGAAGGGGAGGAAAACUUGCCUGCCAUUGAGGUGACAAAAAUGGAUGCCAAUGUCAUCAUGCACUUGAGAGCAUUUGAUUUUAUGUAAGUGGCAUUUGCUGUUGGAUCAGAACCCACCCCCCCACCCAACACCUAGGGUUUGGUAAGUGGAGACGAGAUCAAGUGUGGCACAAUCAAAACAAUGUGCAAAGCGCAUGACUUGUCAAUAUAAAAUCAACCUAAAUUGAAAUUUCAUGGCAUCUCCUUUUUACUCUUCAGCCCUGAUGAAACUUUGUAUAUGCCAUUAUAUAUUUUCAUACAUUUAUAUUCUGCUUUUCUUCCCUCAUGGAAGUUAAAGCACUGACUCAGAUCUGCUUAGCUUCCAUAAGGUGGUGGCCUCAGCUGCUUCCAGACCAGUGAAAUAAUCUCAGCUGUAGCUGCUUCAACAGCAUGUUGCUCCAUGUAAUGGAUUAUUCAGAUAUAUUAUAAAUAUUGUAAAAUUAAUUAAGCAAAACUUUAGGAGCCUUCUUAAUAUCUAAAAAUGAAAGCAACUUUGUUGUCCAAACUUUUAAAGCAGGGUCUAAUCCCUAAUAGAAUUGUACUGCAACUAGGAUGUUGCUUCAUUUAUACCAUUAUUAUUUAUCCCAGUCUACCUUCUGCCUAUCCAUACACCAUUAGGCACUGUGCACCUGUGGUUUUAGUCAAAAUAAGUGGGGAUUCUUACAAGAGCUACUGGCUAGAAAAAUAUUAGUUCACAGUACUGCACAGUUGUCAUUUAUAUAUAUGCAAAUGAAUGAUUACUUUGCUUAAGAUAUAUUAAUGUUUACUUGCAACUUUAGGACUUGGGUGGGCAGCUUGCAGAACCACCCUCAGCCUUUCAAUUUCUAUUUGUGAGCCAUUUACAGAGUGGUUUUUUGCUCAGCUCAGCUGCAUAUUCACAUGUUUUUCUCAAGAAACUCUACCCUUUACCAAUCCUGUUAUCACUGGAUAACACAAAGUGGUGAGUAAAGUCAUACCAAUGCAUCAGCAGAGUGUUCCAAGUCACCAAAGCUACACCCUUGUGCUGGAGACUAUUAUGUGGAAUAUUUAGCAAAUUUCACCUGCCAGUCUUGUAACAUACGUUAUUGCAAUUUUCCUAUAAAAAUCCCACCUCCCUUGCUUAUCAGGCAUGAACACGGUUGCAAAAAUCCCAGUGCCCAGAAGCCACUUGCACCUUAAAAAUAGGCAUCUGGAUAGGGAGAAGAAAGAGCAACCUUGAGCACACACAGAGUGCCUCCCUCACUACUGAAUAACUGCAAUCAACAGCCACUCAUAAGAGAAAGAAUUCCAGGCUGGUGCUACAACUGCCUGGUAGACUCCAACUCUGGCAACUCUUAAAGCCUUGUCUAGAGUAGGGAUGGGGAACAUGUGGACUCCAACUCGCCUCAUUCCUGAAUAUUAGUCAUGCUGGCUGUAGCUGAUAGAGUUGGAGUUCGGCAACAUCUGGAGGGCCACAAAUUCUCCAUUUCUGGUCCUAGAGGGAAGGUGAGAUAGGGAGACAAAGAAGCCACUGACACUAUUAUUCCUCUUCUCAACAGUGCCCUUUGACCUCUAUCCUUUCCUCCCUUCCCAGAAGAUAUGGCUAGUUCCUAAGUUUUACAAAUAAAUAAUGAUAAUACAUUGCACCACCGGGCAAAGAUGCUAUUCGCUAACAAUCCUUAUUAAGUGGGGGUAGCUUAGUAUUUCUUUAGAUUUAUAGUCUUGACUGAAACUACAUAUGUGAAACGUGGUCACAGCAUAACCUAUAUUCUGUUUUAUUUCUGACUUGAGCAUGGAUAUGGCUUUUGAAAAUCAGAAGUAUUUAAAGUGUAGUAGCUAAGUUGCAGCCCUAAGCAGGCUUACUUGGAAACUAGUUCUACUGAACACAGUGAAACCCUUUUUCUGAGUAAACAAGAUUAGGAAUCUCUCUUUAACGUGUUUUUAUCUCUCUCCUACUCCACUCUACAGACAUCUGGACCCAUUUGGGUCAUCAGUGAACUAUCUAGAUGCAGCUUUCAGAAAUGUAAGAAACCUUGGAAUUGUGUCAGUGACAUCAACAGAUAUCAGCUCUCUCUAUUCAAAGGCACAGCAUGUGGCCCAGCGUCACUAUGGCUGCAACAUUGUCAGGACGGAGUAUUUCAAGGAACUGGCUGCUAGGAUGGUAGUUGCUGCUGUGGCAAGGUACAAUUAGUUUCUGAAUUGUGGUCAUCUCACAUUUAAGUAUAAGGGGGCUGUAGUCUCUCCCACCUAAAGUUGCUAACUGAAACUUUUAGUAGCAGCUGGGGAAAAUUGGUUCUCUGCGUCUUGCUUUCUGACAGCCUUCAGAAAUUAUAUCUGGAAGCAUGAAUACUGUAAAGCAGAUAAUAAACAGCCCAAAGCAGAAUUGCAAGCCUUGUAACUCACCCUGCUGAAUGCCAUAUAUUGUGGUCUGCCAGAUGUUUUGUGGCCUCCUUGUUUUUACACGCCCCAAUGCGCAAGAAAAAGAGGUCCAUUGAACUCCUCAUAACCACCAUAGGUGGCUGGUGACCUGAGCAUUGAAUUGCGAGUUGUGUGGACCUAGAGUACCACCGUGCACAAUAUAUCUCCUUUGAUUUGACUUCCUUAGGAUUGUGUGCACGUCUUCCAGAAAACGUCUUGCUCAAAAGCGUUAGUAAAAAGAAACUUCAUUAGGGGAUUUAUUCCACUGCUCAGCAGGAACUGAAGCAAGUAACUGCAAUCACCUCUGAUUGGAACUAAUUUGGAAAUCUUGAAGCAGAUCGUAGAACUACAUCGUUAUGUUAGAUUUUUAGUCAUGGGUGCAAUUUCAUGAAGGUCAUUGCAUGAUUAAAAAGCAACGUGAACACUUUAGCUUGUUUGUUUUGUGUUUAUCCAUAGCAUUUUGUUAGCAAAGUGUAUUGGCAUUGAAAUAAGACAUUUAAGUGUAGGAGCCAUGUCUGGAAAUUAGUGGGGUCAAUGUGCUGGGACUGUAAAAUUUCACAGGGUGCAAGAGGUACUCAGAAGUUAGAAGACCUUCCAGUGAUAUCAAACUUGUGCAUUAAGUGAGAAGACUUGACACAUUCAAUCAUAUAUAUAUACCUGAAUGUGUGAGUUGUAAAAUGGGGGUGGGGACAUCCUACCCUCCCAACCCCAGAGAUCUGAAGGUGGUUUUAAUUGUGCCCAGGUGAAUGUACUUAAUCUUUGUGUGUGACAGGAAUCUUGAUAAGAUAGAUACCCUUUCAUGAGUGAGAUCCCUAAGUGUGGCUAAUCGAGCACACUUAAAAACUCUUCUAUUCAGACCUUCACACUAAUUCCAGAAGGGUCUGAAGAGUAGCCUGCAUGGGCAGGGAUGUUGGGCAUGUGUGCCCCUGCCUGAACACUGCUUUAGUCUUUCAUGAACUGUGUUAGUCAUGGUAUUUUUUGCAGAGCUGCUGCUCGAUGCAACAAAGGCAUUGAAGUUUUGCUUGCUGUGGCUCUCGAACAUUUUGUCCUAGUGGAGGUGAGAGUAUUGAGGGGGCCAUCUCCUGCAGAUGAUACUGUGAAGAAAAUUCGGUACCUGCUCCACUGUCAGUGGUGUGAGGAAAGGGUAUUCAAGAAAGAUGGCAACAUGAUAGAAGGUAAUCAUAUAUGCUGUAACUUCAUGUACCAGUGCUGUUCAGCUGGUGAAAACAAAACAUACACAAUCCAGUGGUUAUUUUUAAAAAGCUAAACUUUUCUCUGCUUAAUUUCUUUGCUGUGGAUUUUUUGAAAAAAGAUAAUUGGUCCAGCAUAAGCUUAAUUUAUUUCAAAUAUUUGUACCCUGCCUUUGCUUCUACCGUGCAACGCCACCAACAAAGAGUUUUGCAGAGAGUAGACUUUCUAAAAUCAAUGAUCCUAAGUGUGUCGUGUCUAUUAAUUUCAGUGGGUCUGCUUUGAGUAAAAACAAACAACCUAAAUGUGUAUUCAAAACUGGCCAGAGGGCUUCUGUGAAUGAUCUUAAUGCACUGGGAGGCUCAUUUGGGACAAUUUCACCCUCCAAAAUAGCCUGUGUGAUUUAUCAUUCUCAUCUAGCCUAAAUAAUCCAGGGAGUGAAGCCAAAAUCUCUGUUCAAGUCCAAGUCCACCGUAUUAUACUCACUCUCUGGCUAGAAAUCAACAUCCUGAACUUACUAUGUUUUGUGGGGUGUAACACAUAAUUAUCCCCCCCCCCCCAAAAAAAUUGACCCCAUCUUCUGGGCCACUGCACACAAUUCUGAAAUUGUCCUGACUCCUCCUGGGCCUAAUAAUAGCUACCAUGUGAGUUAUAUUUAAAUCACUGUGAAAAACAGUUUUCAAGCUUUAUAUUUUAAUAGACAUACCCUAUUACCAAGUUUCCACUAUGUUCAUUAUUUUCUAUACAUACAAGUCUCCAACAUUUGUUUAGAUAAGAAAUGCCAAUAUUGUUUUCUACAGAGAACCCUUACCGGCAGCUCCCUUGUGACUGCCACAGCCGCAUGACAGGCAAGACAGCAGUGGAACUUGGUCCUCUCUGGUAUGUAUUUUUCUAGAUCCUCAGUUGGGUGCUGGCAUUCCUACGGAACCAUCAGCAGCUAUGAGAUACUCUCUGGCCACCCAUGUCUUGGCAGGGUGAAGACACUCUCAGAAAUCAGUGCAGUGCAGGUGGCUGUGAAAGCAGUGAUGUAGCUACAAGACCUCUCCCCUAAUGUCAGGCUAGGGAGAAUCAUACUGUUCUUUCUUCACUUUCAGGACAGUUCACUGUGACAAAUAUUGAGAAGGGUAGGAAAUGAGCAAACCAUUUAAUUUCUGUGUCCUAUUGUAACUUGGUUUGCAGUAUAUGCCCACUGACCUGGGAGUAAAUCUCACUGAACUUAGUAGGGCUUACUUCUGAAUAGGCAGGUAUGGGAUAGAAUCUUGAGGGGAGGGAGCCCAUGUAAUGUGUUAUGUCUAACAAGUGCUUGCCCCUAUCUAGAUGUGAUUCACCAAAGCACUUUUAGAAAAGGCUAAGGGGAGGGGGAAUGGCAGCACCAAAUAAAAAAGGAGAAAGGCGAGACUCAGUGGUAGUGAAGAAUUAUAGGAAACAUUUAAUAAAAUGAACUGCCCAAUGUAUUUGGCAGAAGUCUUCUCUGAGGACACUGAAAUUAGCCAACUUUAUUAUUCAAACAAUAUAAAAAUAUUCAGAACUAAUUACAGUGGUUCUUGAAUUUAAUCCUGGGAGUCCGUUCAACUCCCGAAAUGGUUCGAAAACCAAGGCACGGCUUCUGAUUGGCUGCAGGAGCUUCCUGCACUCAAUUGGAAGCCGUGUAAGCCAUGUUGGAUGUUCAGCUUCCGAAAAACGUUUGCAAACCAGAACACUCAUUUCCGGGUUUGCGGCGUUCAGGAGCCAAACUGUUCAAGUAUCAAGGUACCACUGUAUAUGAAAUAGACAUAGUAGUUUUAAUGAGACAGAACUCAUACAUUCAAUUUGCAUUAGGAAUUACAUUAUAGGCUGUUAUUCUUUCAGUGCCCGAAAGCAGGUUUUCACCAAAAGCAUUGGGCAAGUUACUGCUUUAGCAAGUUCCCAGUUAUUAUUUGAGCUGAAGAGUUGCCAGAUUCUUGUGGCCCCACAGGCCCAUUUGCAGCCUGGAGAAAAGAGUUGUGCGCCUGACACACAUACUUAAGUAAAUUCUAGUACUAAUUUAAAUGCUUUCUCAAAAUGUAAUUAUUAAUGGAAUGGAACCAGAAGUCCCAAAAGUGCAGCUGAUCUUUGGCCUGAGUCCUGCCCUACUGGGGCUCUGGGCUAGUGGCUAUGCAGACAUGGAACAGAUUUUAAAACAGGAACAAAAUCAGCUAACAGGGCUGUGUUUUUCUUCCACUGUGAUGUUGCUCUCCUACUUUUAAAGGAACAGAAGUUCUACUUUGGAAAUAAAUUCAUCUAGGUAGAUACUGUAAUUCUGUUAUCCUGCAGGUCAGGAUCCCUCUUCAACACUGGAUUUCUCAGAAGAAUGUUGUUUGAAGCAGUUCAGUAUGGUUUAGAAGACAUCCAGACUCUUCUAAAAACACUAAUAUGUGAAGCAGAGUGCACAAUUCUCAAGCAGUUUUCAAUCCAUGGUCCUACCAGCCAGAACAAACAAGGUAAGAAGACAGUGAAAGGUUUUACAAACCUUGAUAGGUAAAAGGGGCACUCCAGGCAGCAAUUGUGAAUUGUAGUGACUUGCUUUUUUAGUAAGAAAAUUAAAAGGGGAUUGCUAACUCAGUGUCAGAAAAGUGUGAUCAAAAUACAGAUAAGACCUUGAGAUUUCAACAUGUGCCAUGUUACUCAAAUGAAAGCAUCAAAGCCAUGGUAACCAUCAGUAAUUUGAACUAAACCUUUUUGCUACAGCAGUAACAUUCCACUCAUUUCCCCUUUGAUAGCCAUUUGCUCACAAAUUAACUUGGUUUUUUCCUUUAAUGACUUCAGUGUAAAUCUGAUUUCUUUUCAUUUUAGAAGAAUGUGGUGUGUUUAUUAAGACACCAGAUACUGCAGCAGAUUACUACGUUGUACAUGGUAGGUCCCUAUCAAUCUAGCAUAGUAUGUGGAACCAAAGAGGGGUGGGCAGGAGUUCUUACUAUAGUCAUUCAUUAAGCAAACUAGUUCUUAAAGGUAAAUUUAUGAAAUGUGAAGAUUUCCCACUGUAAGUAAGUCACACUGUUCAGAUUAGCUGGAUUUUAGAGGCUUUUGUGUGUUUCUUAUCCUUAAAUUACUCUUAUAUUCCAGGAAAAAGAAAAAAUAAUGAAAACAGCCAAAAUGGAACAAAGCGUCAGAAAUCAGAAAGCAAUGCUGAGCAUCCUGCCUUUUAUUACAAUAUUCACAGGCACAGCAUUAAAGGAAUGAACAUGCCAAAGUAAGCAACCUGUUGUGUUUUAAACGUAUCUGAUUGAAAGGAGGAAAAAGGCAUUGAUUUUGUGCGUUCAUUUUUCUCCCCAGGUUAAAUAAGUUCUUGCAUUAUCUCUCUCAAGCUGGCUAUCGAGUAAGCCGGACUCAUUUUGAUCCGAUGGGUGUUCGAACUAAUGCCCCCCUGGCGCAGUUUAAAUCUAUCCUUGUGAAGUACAGUACACCCACAUAUAUGGGAGCGCAAUCGGAGGGCUCUCUGCAGGCUUCUGACGAGUCUCAGGUAGGAGCUGAUGGUGACUUUGCCGAAGAAAGCACAUAAAGAGAGCCAGUGUGGUGUAGUGGUUAAGAGUGGACUUGUAAUCUGGUGAACCGGGUUCGAUUCCCUGCUCCUCCACAUGCAGCUGCUGGGUGACCUUGGGCUAGUCAUACUUCCUUGAAGUCUCUCAGCCCCACUCACCUCACAGAGUGUUUGUUGUGGGGGAGGAAGGGAAAGGAGAAUGUUAGCCGCUUUGAGACUCCUUCGGGUAGUGAUAAAGCGGGGUAUCAAAUCCAAACUCUUCUUCUAAAGUAACCUCUGCAAAAAUGGUCGUAUUUGAAGAUUUGUGUUAUAAAUGAACCAACAGUCUCCUUAAGAUGUAGUAUUUUGUUUAUGACCCCUCAGCUUUUUUUACCUGUUUAAGGACACUUUUAGAAGACCAUGUGCUCCUAUUAAUAUCACAAUUCAGCUACAAAGUUAUUUAUAUGUUAAUGCAUGCUUUAAGGUUAUCCUACAGUGACCACAAACUUCCGUCUCCUUGUAAUUCCUUCUUCAGAUCUAUAAUAUUUCCUAAGAGGAGAACAUAGCUGCGAGCUGAGGGGGACUGAGGGUGUGGGUGCAAGCAUUACCAGCACCUUUUAAUAAAGUGUUCUAUUCAGCUGUGACUGAAAGCCCCUCAUUUGAUAUGCCUUUGAGAAGCUUAUAGGUAACAAAGGAAAGGUAGCUGAACAAGCCAAGAUUGGGUAUAUUCCUAGAAAGGCAGAUAUUGAAUACACAACUCAUGCUAAUAACCAUACAAACCACAACAUCACAUCUAAACACUUUUCCCUACCAAACUCCAUCAAUGUGAAAUUGUCAGUCUAUUUUAUAGUUCAUAUGAAUAAUUCCCUUUAAAAGUAUAGUUGAGUAGGGUGACUGUGCCCCACUGCUCACUCCAUUCACUCCCUGCCAGAAUGGCAUAAAUUGGAGAUUGUUUUGCAGUAGCUUACCCCAUCCUCUCAGUCCAUCUGUGGCAACUCCCUUUUCCUCCUGCUAGGAAUCUGUGCUUUCCCCAUACUUGCCAUUCUAGAAUUGGCCUGCCACUUAGACAUGCUGGAUUUUUAAAAACAUAAUUUAUCUCCAAACCCAUGAAAUAAGAGGGAAAGCUCCACCCUGACACCUAGUGCUUCCCAUCCCUGCCCAUUUUCUUCCUAACCCAUUUGCAGCACUCUCUUCUUCCCAUCCCACAAGUUUUCAUGUUGUGGGACUCACCCAGCGGCUGCUUCCUUUCUCAUUCCCAACCCAAGAACCCAGAGAUCUAGACAGUGAGCUUCUUUCUCCUUGCCUUUUGUCUCACAGCACCAAAGCUCCCCACCCACUGGUGGUGUUGUACCAGCUGCAAGUAUUAGCUAUUGAUUUAUUGUCUUGCACACUCUUCUAAUAAUCUAUUGACCUUUUAGAUUUAUAAAAAGGGGGUGUUGAAGAGGAAGGAACAAAAAGUUUAUAUACAUUAAAAUGGUUAGUCUUAUUUGUAGUAAACAACUAGUCAAAAACUAAAAUAUUUUAUAGUUACUAAGACUAGUUUUAGGGCAGCAACCUGAAAUUAAACUACAAUAGAAAAGUAAAGCUAUUCCUUCGACUUUCGAAUUCCCUCCCUUUUGUAUAUUUACCAAGAAAAUCAAUAGAUUUGUUUGCAAUUCCAGUUUUUAGGGAUUUAUGCAUAUAAAAGUAUUAACUAUGACAUUGGGAAGUUUUAUUACUGAAAAGUAUGUUAAGAUGUGACUGAUGUUGGUUUGUAUUUGAGGUUUGUACUAAUGUAAUAGUGAUGAUGUAUAUAAUUUGUAUUAUGGUUUUAUUUAUAUGGUUCUUUCAGUAAGUACUCUUGACAUCACCAAAAUGUGUUGAACGUAUUUUAUAAAAAUCAUAUUUUUAGUACCAUUUUGAGGCUUUGCCCGUGUUUGGUGCUGCCCCCUUUCUUCCUUUGCGUGUAAAUACUCAAAUCAGGAUUUCCUCUCCAUUUUUACAUCUAGUACUGCAGCACCUUUCAUGGAUUGCUUCAUUUGGUUAAGUUGUUUAGCGUUCUAACUUUUCUAAUAUUAUACAAGAUUACAACUCGAUUAGUUCUGACACAGCUAUACAUUUACUGAGGUUACUGAUUUUAGUAGUGAAAUAGUCAUUCCGGAAAUUCCAAGACUGGGUAAAUUAUGCUAAUAUAGCAGCAGACUACAGUGGUACCUCAGAAGUCAAAUGGAAUCUGUUCUGGAAGUCUUUUGACUUCCAAAAUUUUCAGAAACCAAGGCUUGUCUCCAGGAAGCUCCUGCAGCCAAUCGGAAGCAGGGUUGGACAUUAGGGUUCCAAAGAACGUUCGCAAACUGGAACUCUCACUUCCGGAUUUGCAGCAUUCAGGAGCCAAAGUCUGACUUGCAAGGCAUUCGCGAACCAAGGUACAACUGUACUUGUAAAUACUCCAAUGUAAGCAGAUGUUAAUAUGCAAUUAUUCAUGGCUUCCCUUUUGAAGAGGGGGAACACAUAGUACCCAUUUUCUGUUUUUGAAAGUAGAUUUUAUUUUAAAGAGGCAGUCAUCUAUUCCUUACGUGAAAUGGCAGAGGAUCCUUGCAUGUACUUAUGUGUCCAUCCCCAUAGGCAACUGCUCCAGAAUGGAGUCACACUGGUAGAAGAGGAAUAAAAACAAGUUAUUUGACCCUCUCCUAAAGGCACACACAGCGUACAAGAGCAGCAGCUCUAAACGCCCUUCUUCUUAAAUUACAUUUAACACAGGAAUGAUGGGGUUAUAAAAGGGUGCAGACAGCCUCACAAAUCCAGGGGGUCAGUUCUUGGCUGGCCAGGGAGUAGAUACCACCUGCUCUACAUUUUAUUUCUCUCUGCAAUUUCUCCCACCUCCCUUGAGGUGUUCAGGGUGAGUGUCUUGAAGUCCAAGAAUCACAGCAUUCCAAAGGUUCUGCUUGUGAAAGUGUGGCAGUAACAAACAUGCAGAUGCAACAUGUUCUGAUGUGUGUAAUUAGUCACAGUACUAAAGUCACAGAGCAAUGGUUUGAUCAAAACAGCUACUUUAUGUAUUAAAGUAAAUAUAAAUACUUAGUGAAUUCACUGUAACAUGGAAGUAAAAAUUCACAUUCUCCCACACUAAGCUGGGACCACCACACAUCCCCUAGGUAGAUAAGCUUUCAGAAUUUUACAGACACUUCAUCUGCUCACAGGGUAAAUCACAAUGCAGAUUUGUUUCUCUGCAGGUAUUUGCCCAUACAAAAGCAUUUUUUUCCACAUAAAAACAAACCUGAUUAUAUUUAGUGGACAUGCACUAGCAAUCUAUAUAAAUUGUACAUUACACCAAAUAUACUGAACAAAACCAAAACAGGCAUGGUACAACUUCCCUUCCCACCCCAGACUUCUAGUAAUUGUAAGUUUCAUGGCACAUACUGCUAGCAUAAUUUUGGAAUGUCUGAUAUUGAAGAGAUAUUCAUAACGGGAGCAUUUUAUGAGAGUUUUCUCCUAUGGCAGUGCUAAAAGAAAGUUAAGAGCAGAAAGCCAUGUUUCCUCCUAAGGUCUUCCUAAAAGGCAUAUUAAGGGAAAGCAAGACACUUGAGUGCGCAAUUUUGAAGGAACAUUCCCUUUCCCAAUACAAAAGGCAAAUAUCUAUAUACUGCAGUGGGAAUGGAAGGCUUACAGUGGAAUAAAGUGAUCUUCGUCCUUACAGAAUGGUGGCAUUCUUCACUACAGUGGAACCUUGUAUUACGUACCACCCCCCUUGUGAACGCUGCGUGUUACGAGCUCCGCUAACCCGGAUGUAGAUGCUUCCGGUUGCGACUUUUGCCCCGGGAUGUGAGCGGAAGUUGCGCACUGGCAGGCACCAGUAGUGAAAGCGCGCCUCAUGUUACAAGCGGUUUCGGGUUGAAAACGGACCUCCGGAACAAAUUAAAUUCUUAACCGGAGGUACCACUGUUUAUGAUAAUUAUGCUCAAAAUGAUAAACUACUGAUGUACACAGCAACCAACAACUGAAAGCAUGCCCAAGUGAAAUUUAAAAAUGCAAAUACAUUUUAUUUAUUAAGAUUGUAAGUGCCAAGUGUUGUUAAUAUGGCUAAUAAAUAAUAUUUUUGAAGAACUUUCUCU